ACAUCAUUAAACUGUAGCCCACCUCUGUUCCCCAAUACUGAAGCCCUCUUCCCACGCGCUUCUCUCCUCUCCAUCUCAGAUCUCUCCCUCUCCCCCCCUCCUCUCUCCCUCUCUUUCUCAUUACCGGAAAAAACGAACACUAUAGAGAGAAAGCAAGACCUCGGUGGAAGGGAAAAGAAAUAAAUCAAACGGCCGCUAAUUCCCGUCUCCCCCCCUCUCCAUUUCAUUCUUUAUGCGUUUCCAUACUCGCCGGACGGUGGCGCAGCUGCCGGUCGACGGCCGUAAACCUUAACCCUCCCCCAUGGAACCCCGAUCCCUAACCCCGAGCCUCCUCCUCACCCUCUUCUUGCCCCAUCUCCUCUCCGCCGCUGUCUCCUCCUCCUCGGCCCCUCACCCCUCCCCCUCGCCGCCGUCCCCAUCCCCCCCUGCCUCUCCGCCUCCGCUCCCUCCUCCCCCUUUCACGCCACCGAAGCAGUUAGAGUCCGAUAAGCCCCCCUUCCGUGGAUCCCCGCCGCGGAAAACCUCGCCUCCCCGCCGCAGGCCCUCCUGCUCCUCCGGCCACCGUGACUGCCCUCAGCCCCAGCGGAGCGUGGCCAGGAAAUCGCCCAGCAAGCCGGAGCUCAAUUUUGGGGAGAAGCUCGGGCUGUUGUUUGUCGGGGUCGCCGCGGUCCUUCAGGUGCUGUUCGGGACCUUCCUGGUUUACAAGAGAAUGCAGUUGAAGAAGGUGCAGCGCCGAGAACACCGCGACAUGGCCUCUUCUUCCGGCCUCUCUACUUGAUUCUUGGAAUUGGGAUUUGGUUAUUCCCCUAAAUUGAGAGAUGAUAUUUUUUCCCCUUUGGCGUGCUGCCGUGGGUGGAAUUUGUUGAUGGUUUUGUGGAUCUUUUGGUGUGGAGUGGGAGGAUUGGAUUCUUUGAUGGAUGCCCUGCUGCAUGUGGAUAAUCCUGAGUUGGAUUUGGCCAAAUGGAAAUUGGGCGUUUGAUGAUCAGGUCCGUUUCUAUUGUACUCUGUAAAAAUGGGUAAUUUGAUUGAUGGUUUUUACGCCUUCGUUUUCUCCUAUUAUUUGUGAUAUUGCAAUGUAGGCUGUAAACUGCCAUCUGUUAUAUAUUAUAUUGAAAAAUCGUUUUUUUAAUGCUUUUUGAUGUUA